AUGCUGCCCCCGGGGCUGCUCCGCCGACCCCUCGCCGCCGCCGCCGCCCGCCUGUGCGGGGCGCGGGGCCGCCCGCAGGUACUCGCAUCCCUUGCUACAGGUCCCAGACAAAGUAAUGGCAUUUUCUAUGAAAUUCGCACAUACGAUGUUAAGCCAUCGAGGAUGAAGGAGUUUGUGGAACUGGUCAAUAAGCAUUUCCACCUUCGCACAGCUCACUCAGAGCUGGUGGGACUCUGGACUGUGGAGCUGGGAGCGAUGAAUAAAGCUGUCCAUGUGUGGAAGUAUGAUAAUUUUGCCCACAGAACAGCAGUGCGGAAGGCACUAGCCAACGACAAGGACUGGCAGGAAAAAUUCAUCUCUCCAGCGCUUACCUGUAUAGAGAAGCAGCACAAUGAAGUUGCUUAUCUGGUACCCUGGUGUCAGCUUGGGAAACCUUCAAAAGAAGGGGGUGUAUAUGAGUGGGUUACUUUCCAGAUGAAACCUGGUGGGCCAGCUCUGUGGGGUGAAUCGUUCCAGGCUGCAAUCAAUGCUCACAUCAACACAGGCUACACUAAGCUGAUUGGUGUUUUCCACACAGAGUAUGGGUUACUUAACACAGUCCAUGUGAUCUGGUGGAACGAGAGCCCAGAUCACCGGGCAGCAGGAAGGCACAGAGCCCAUGAAGAUGCCAGAGUGGUAGCAGCUGUACGGGACAGCGUCAGGUUCUUGGAAUCCCAGCACAACAUGCUGAUGGUUCCUCUGGCAUGCUCACCCCUGAAGUAACCUUCCCCUAAACAACGUGACUGAUGGCAGAAAAGACAAGAUGAAAGCACCGCCAACAAGUACCGCCGCAUGGAUUGUCGUACCCUCAUGAACUGUGUGGUUUGUUCUUCAGUUUACAGUGAAUGGAUGCAAAAUGCUGAAACACCAAAGAAAAUUAGUAAGAUCCUGCACAUGAUAGUUUAUGGUGAUGUUUCUACAUCUCCAGAAAUAGAACAUGAAAAUUAACUUUGCAGAUCUUUUAUUUUAACACCUCACUUCUUAAAACUUUUCUGCGUUUACUAAUAGGCCCCAGUAAGUAAAGUGUUUUCCAAGGUUACAAUGCAGGGUGGUAUCUGCAGGGUGGUAUCAUUUUCAUCAUGCACACUGGCGACUCCUGUAAUCAUUGCAUCAUGGCUAUUACGUAUAGUCUUAAGAAUGAGUGCCCCUAUAUCCUUGUAACACGGUUAUGUUUCUUCAGACAUCUCAUUGGGAUGCUUUAUAUUAAUUCUUCGUAAUGUAAAAUUUCAGCGUGGCUACAGUUGUGCCAAGGAGGUGCUGCAGUGAAGCUGGUUAGGUGGCGUUCUGAUGGAGUCUGCCCUGACUUCAGUCCUUUCAUUUCGUAUUCAGUAAGCACUUCCACAAAGCUAGCUUUGAGGAAGUAUUUUAAUAGUUACUUAGGGUGCUGAAAUUUACAAACUUGUAUCUCAAAUUCAGCGCAUCUAUACAUGCUUACAUUCUUUGAAAUACUGUCUGCCAGAUUGUUAAAAGCCAAAUAAAUUUGCAUAAAGAAUGAAA